CGAAGCACUCUGGCAUGGUUCAGAAAGCCACAACAGAAACAGCAGCUGCUUCACUUCACUCUCUCCACACCUCUCCUACAAUGGCCCCAUAUGAUGAAGAUGAAUAUUACAACUACUACUACAACUACUCUGAAAACUUCACCUACGCGUCUCUCGAUGUCAACCUGCCUCAAGACUGCCCAAGUUCACAAUCAAAUGAUGUAGGCAUCUUUUUAACCACCCUGUAUUUUUUGAUAUUCGUCUCAGGAUUUUUUGGUAAUCUUUUUGUCAUUUGCGUGGUGGGCACCAGGGGCAGGAGAGGUGGGCGCUUGGUGGAUACGUUCAUUAUCAAUCUGGCUCUGGCCGAUCUGAUUUUUGUCCUCACGCUGCCUCUGUGGGCCAUAUCCACACGAAGAAAUAACCUGUGGCAGUUUGGAAGGAGUGGAGACCUGUUGUGCAAACUGAGCAGCUACAUCAUCACAGUAAACCGCUACUCAAAUGUGUUUUUUCUGACAUGCAUGAGUGUGGACAGAUACGUUGCUGUGGUCAAACUCAUGGACUCGAGGCAUCUCAGAAGUAGCAGGUGCAUCUACGUAACUUGUUUUGUGGUGUGGCUCACCUCAUUUCUCCUCGGCAUCCCAUCUCUGAUGUAUAGAAAACUUGAAUAUCGCGGUGAAGACCCUUUCUGCACAGAUGAAAAAGAUUCUACGUUUUUUAUGAUCUUAACUCUCUUCAUGACAUUAUUCACAUUCAUUUUCCCAGUUUUGAUCAUCGCCUUCAGCUACGGAACCAUCGUUGUGCACCUGAACAGACAUUGCGUCGCAGCUUCCAAUCCCAGAGCAGAAGCCAGACGCAGGCACUCUCUCAAAAUGGUCUUGUCUAUAAUAAUUGUGUUCAUUUUGUCUUGGCUUCCCUACAACAUCUUCAAAACCAUAACCACAGUGAAACAACUCACCAACAUAUAUGUGGGAUGUGAAAACCUCGGUCUCGUCAUCUCCAGUUGUUUGGCUUUCUUCAACAGCUGCGUCAAUCCAGUCAUUUAUUUCUGCCUGGACCACCACUUCAGACAAAGGGCCGGUCUCCUGUUUAAGAGAUGCAGGGGGAAAGCGCUGAGUUUACACAGCUACAAUUCAUCUUCAUUCACAAACUUUGGCACCUCGGAGAGCGGGACCACUGCAGGGAGAACACAAAUCUUACAAGUCUAGGAUUAGACAUCUGAAAUGUGGGUAUGGACAGUGGCAUUACUCUAUUCAUUGUAAUUAUACAGAAACUCAUUGAUUAUAGGUGGAAGAUUUAUGAAGAAAAACUGUUUACUUUUAACAUGUAAAUAGAUUUUUUUCUGAGUCAAAUCCUUUUUUUUUUUACAGUUUAUAUAAUGGCAGUGCCAAUUGUGAAAUUGUGCAGUUAUUCAAAGGCAAAAUUUUGGGGAUUAAAUUACAAUAUAUGAAAAGGGUUUAAAAUAUCUUACAGGCUUGUUGUACUUUUUGCUUUUAAAACCCUUCAGUUAUUAGCUGUUGUUUUGUUAAAUAUUUCUGUAUUUACAAGUAUUUAGUUUACAUAAUGCCUUUUGAUAAUUUUUCUU